AUGAAUAACGAAAUAUUACAGAACGAUGAUAAUAAUUCUAAACAAAUAAUAUUAUCAAAUACAGAUGAUUUAGAAUUAUUACCACAUUUUGAAGAAUUUCAAUAUUCUUCAAAUAGUAAUGAUUCAUUAUUACAAUCCGAUCAACAUAUGGAUACAGCAACAUCAUCAACAGAUGAUUUAACAAAAACAAAUCAAUAUUUAUCAUCGAAUUUUUAUUCGAAAGAUUCAGCACUUGAUUUAUCUGAUGAUAAUUUCAAUCGACAACAUAUUUUAGAUAAUGAUGAUGAACACGAACAAAUUGUAUCAUUAACAACAUUACAAGAUAAAACAAAUGAUACCGAUAGUUAUAUUGAUGAUGAAACCAUGCAAAAUAAUGAUACAAUGAUUUGUAUUAAUGAUGAAUUAUAUUUAACUGAUGAGGAUAAAAAUAAUACUCAACGAACAACAUCAUCAAGUUCAUCCGAACAUUUGAUACCAAAAGAAAAACAAACUGGAAUGUAUUAUAAAGCUUUUGGUAGUGCUGCUGCAAUUCAACUCGCUGAACAGUAUCGUUGUGAAUGGUUACAAGAAAUAUCAUCACCAAUACAAAUUGAAAAACCUACUAUAGAAACAGAUAAUGAUCAUCAUCUUCGUAUUGUUCAUCAACGACAAACAAUUGGUGAUAAUGAAGAUGAAUUUUAUUUAUCUCCACAAAUACUUCGUUCAUCCUAUUCUUGUCCAAAUUUAAUAUCAAAAUCAAUAUCAUGUUCAAUUUCUGAACGUUCAUAUUCAUUAGCAACAUUAGAUGCAUAUACACAUAUAAAUAUAACACAUGAAACAUUAGAACGUAUUUGGUUAUCAUUACUUGAUGUUGCAUAUAGUGACAAAGAUGAUUAUGAAUUAGAUGAAUAUAAAUUACGACAUAUUAUUGGUUUAUCAAAUUCAUAUUCAAAUAUGAAUCAAUCAAUAAUAGAAAAAUCUCGUAGUCAUAAUGAUAUAUUUUCUACAAUGGAAAAAACAAAUCAAAAAUUUAUAACAAAAUAUAAAUCAAAAUCAUUCGAUAUAACUUCAUUAAUGAAACAAUCAUCAUCUAUAAAUAAUUCAGCUAAUAUUGGUCUUUUACAAGGUGCAGAUAUAUCCGAACCAUUUGCUGAUCGUUUAAUAUCAACGUCAGUACAAUCAGAUCUUGAAAGUAUGCAAUCAUUAGAACCUGAAUUAAUUCUUAAUGAAAGUACUACUCCUACUUCUCCAGUACAACAACUACCACAAGUAUCACCAUUAACUAUAAAAGAACCAUUGAAUUAUGUUUUUAAUUUUUCACAACAACAACAACAAGAAGAUAAUGAUGAAUAUGAAUUAGAAUCAAUGUUUGAAAUUGAAGAUAAACCAUUAGAUAUAUCUUUAUCAAUUGAGAAAGAAGAUAGUUCUCCUCCUCCUCCGAUCAUACAAAUUGAAAGUACAUAUGCUGAAUUAUCAAAAUUUCGUCCACAUUCAUUAUCAACAAUUCCAAGUUCAAGAGCAAGUCAAUAUGCGUCAAGUAUUGAUAGUGAUGAUGUUUUUGAACAAGAAAAUCAAUCAAAUAAAGACAAUUAUGAUGAUAAUUAUCAAUAUCAUAUGAGUGAUGAUGAUCAUGGAGUUAUUGGCUCAGAAUUUUCAUCACCACGAUCAAGACCAUUAUCAUCAAUACAAAGUCGUCCAUUAUCACCCGAACAAUAUCAGCAAAUUAAAUCAAUAAAUUUCGCUGAUAUUGAUAAUAAUGUUUGGGAACAAUCGAUAAAUAAUGAACCAAUACUUUCAGAAGAUUUUAAUAAUUUAUCAUCAAUUAUUCCAGUUGAAUCAUUUGAUUGUAAAUCAACUCAUAUAAUCGAUGAAAUUGAACCAAUUUUAGUAUUUCAUGAUAAUAAUCAUAAUACAAAUAGUUUUGUUGAACAAACUGAUCAAACAAUAAUACAUCCAUUAAUUCAAGAAGAUUAUAUAACAAUUGAACAAGAAUUUGAUAUUAAUCUUGAUCCGAAUGAUCUUGCUGAUCGUUUAGGACAAUUAGAUCAUUCAGCAAAUAAAACAUUAGUUCAUCAACAAGAAGAAAUAAUUAAUAUACAUAUAUUUGAUAAAAAUGAACAAAAUUCGAAAUUUAAUAUUGAAAAUUUAACAACAAUUGUUGAUGAAAUUCAUCAAAUUAAUCAAAUAAAAGUAUCAACAGAACAACUUCUUUUACAACAAUCAUUAAAUAACGAUAGUAAACAAUCUUUAGCAACAAUGAAACUACCUAAUCAUUGUAAAAUGCAACGGAUUGAUAAAGUAUCAGAUUUAGAAAUCAUGAAGCAAGGUAAAGGUUUUAAAAUUGGUUAUAUUGAUCGACAAGGUACUGAUCAACGUGUUAUAUUAACAAAACGUAUUGAAGCUGGACCAGAUAUUAUGGAACGUGAUCCACAUAUUCGUUUACCUUAUAAAGGACGACGAUUAUUAAAUCAUUUAUUUAGUUCAGUAUUAUUCACAAAUGGUUAUAGUUCAUUACAAGAAGAUGGAAAAUUUCAACAUUCAACUGAAAGUAUUGAAGUACCAAUUAUUGGAACUAAUCCUAAACAUUUCGAUGAGUCUGAUAUGAUUUCUAUUGAUAUUGAUGGUCCAUCAACCAUGCUCAAUUCAAUUUGUGAAUCAAUAGUUAUAACUCAGGGUUCUGUUUAUUCAAAUAAUUCUUUAAAAUCUCAAUUAGAAAAACCAAUAUCACAAUCUAUAUCUAAUCAAUAUAGUGAACAUCUUCGAGCAUCUCAUCCAAUAAAAAAAGAUAAAGUUGAAGUGAUUGAUUCUUGGCAUGAUCAUACGAUUAUUAAUGGUAGUAGUACACCAUGGCGUAGUCCAUUUAAACCUACAAAAAAAACUCAAUCAUCUGUUAAUACAACUUCAACAUAUAAUUUAUUAUCACAUGAUACGAAACAAUCUCCUACGAAUACAGAAAAACAAAUAAAAUUGACUCAUGAAAUUGCUCUAUCACCUAUUCCAAUAAUUAUUGAAAAAUGUUAUCAAACAACAGCAACAUCACCUAUAACAUUUCCACAAACAGUUGAUCGUUCAUCUCAAUAUAGUCCACCAAUGAAAUCUGAUCAAGGUUUACAAUGUUAUUUUGAAACAAUAACAUCUUAUACACAAGUAUCACCUUAUCAAAUACCCGGUUUAUUAAAAACACAAGAUGGAAUACAAACAUAUAAUAAUAAUAAUAAUAAUUCACAAUUUCAUACAUUAACAACACAUGGAACAAAACUUGAACGUAGUGCUGAUUCUGGUAUUCUUGUUGAUGAUAAUCAUCAUAUUCCACCUCGAAAAUCAAAUUCAAGUGUACAAGUUGAUAGAAAAAGUUCAUCAUCUGAUAGUGAAGAUACAUCUGAAUUAACUACACGUCCAAUUAUUAGACAAACAUCACCAUUAAUUAAUCAUACAUAUGAAAAUACAAUCAUAGAUAAUCCGAGUCUAAAUACAUCAACAACAGAAAUUGAACAAGAAAUUUCACAAUUAUGUCGUGAACGAGCUCAUAUACUUGAUUUACUUUCAUUAAAUUGGAGUCGAUCAAAUAUUUGGGUAGAAUUAACAGAAGCAAAAUUAAAUUAUAUUAUUGGAGAAACAGACGCUCUUCUUCGUGCACUUUCAUUUGAUUCCACAUCAGUUGAUAAUGAAACAGUUAAAUUAAAAAUGCAACAAUAUGAAGAAGAUAUGGCAGCAUUAACACGACAACAUUUAGUUGUUUAUCGUGAACGUUUAGAAGCAUCUAAAAAACAAUUAGAUAUUAAAAUUGAUGAAUUAGAAUUACGAAAAUCUUCAUUAGAAAAUCAUCCAACAAAUCGUAUAUCAACAUAUGAACAUACUCCACGUUUAAUCAAUAUCAAACGAUCAAAAUCAUUUUUAAGUACAAGUGCAGAAAAUUUAACAACACAAACAAAUCAAGAGAUUAUUGCCAGUCAUCCACAGUUACUUGAUGUAUCAUUUUUAACAUCAAAAACAUCCGGUCUUCCAUCACGUUUUACUGAUAAUCGAUCGAAUAAUAAUAAUAAUAAUAAUCAUGAAACAAUUCGAACAAUUCAUCGACCAACACCACGUUAUCCUAUGUCAAAUAAUCCUAAAUAUGAUUAUAAUAAUGGAAAUUUAUCACAUAUGGAAGGUUUAAGUAAAAGUCAACAAGCAAUUUUAGAUGAAACAGAUAAACUUGUUAAAGAUUCACAACAAUUACAUACAGAAUCAGCAACACAAUUUGAACGUGCAAGAGAAAGUUUAUUAUCAAGUGAAACACCAAUUCGAUUAGCACGUGCAAAUAUGGCUGCAUCACGUCUUGAAUCAUAUUCAGGAAAGAAAACUUAUUUACCAAAUGAUGUUACACUUGCUGAACUUUUUAAAUAUGAACAGUCAUUAGCAAAGGAAACAGCAAAAAAUACUCGACAACUUUAUACAAAAACAACGACAAAAUCUUAA